AUGUCGAGCAGAGGAAAAUAUUUAGUGUCCUUAUGCGUUAAUAGUGUUGAAGAGCAAGUGACUGCUAAAAGUGCAGCAGCUGCUGAGCUUCAAUUAUUAGAAAACUUCACUGUAUUUGCCGAUAACGAAAUACCUUCCACAAGUACUGAAGAGCAUGUCACUGCUGAAAGCGAAGCAGCUGUAGAGUUUCAAUCAUCAGAAAACUUCACUGGAUUUACCGAUGACGAAAUACCUUCUACAAGUAAUCUCCAAAAAGGUAAUUAUGAACAGGAUAGUGAACCGGAAGCUACUAGUGAAUUAGGUUUAGAGAGCAGCGAUGAAUAUGCUCCGGAAAGCGACGAAGAAUCAGAUGAUGAACCACUGACAAAGAAAAGAUCACGUUGGAGAAAACCAGAACCAGAAAAAUGGAAAAGAAACGUAACAAAGAAGAAAAGAAGUUUGUGUAUGCCGUACAAUAGCAAAAACAAAAUCAAACCAGCCAAAAGUCCAAAAUUUGUGAAUUGUAAUAAUUGUAAGUUUAAGUGCACUUUGAAAUUUACUGAAGAGGACAGAAUUUCUAUUUCUUCAAAUUAUUGGGAACUCGAUUAUUUACGCCAAAAAGACUUUAUUUUAUCUUGUGUUAUAAGUCAUUUGCCAAAAGUUCACAGAAUUCGUACCGGCACAGGUACUAGAAAAGAAUCUAGCCGCAAAUACUAUUUUAAGAAAAGUGCUGAAAUUAUUCAAGUAUGCAAAAAAUUUUUCUUAAAAACUCUGUGCAUUAGUCAUGGUCCAGUGGACCAUGCUUUAAAAGGCAAAAAUCAAAACGGGUUAUUUAAUAUGAAGGAUAAAAGGGGAAAGCAUGCUCCUUACAAUAAAACUCCAGAUAUACUUGUACAGAAAGUUAAGGAACACAUCGAGAGCUUUCCGACUAUGGAAUCACACUAUUGUCGGAAAAGUUCAAAUAGGUUAUAUUUGGAUCCCAAUUUGUCAAUCAGCAAAAUGUUUGAGCUUUAUAUGGAACAGUGCAAACGUCGAGAUGAAGCUCAUGUUACUGAAAUCACAUAUCGUAGAAUAUUUGGAAAACAUUAUAAUAUGUCAUUUUUUAAUCCCAAGAAAGACCAGUGUGCAAUUUGCAACCAGUAUAAGAAUAAAAAUAUUAAUGAAGAAGAUUAUAAGCAACAUCUACAAAGAAGAGAUGAAGCAGCCGAGGCAAAAAAAUCUGACAAACUUCGAGCAGCUGAAGAAAAAACAUUUUUAAGUGCUUCAUUCGAUUUACAAAGUAUAUUGCAAAUACCAUCCUCAGACGUGUCACAAAUGUGUAACUAUACCGCCCCAGUCCCAGAAAGACAUUUCAACAUUCCUAUGGAAGAUGAAGCUGGUCCUAUAGAAUACAAGGCAUUGGUUGGUUAUUUGGGAACUAUUGAAAUGCCUAAACAACUACUGCCAAACUCUAGAUUACAGACAGUUUGUAGUUGUAUUAGGAAAUUAAGACAGGAAAAAAGAGCUCCAACUGCAAUCCUCAUGACAAUUUUGCCCACUUGCCUUACUUUAAAGAACUCUGCCAAUCAAAUUCUUGCCAUAUACCCAACUAGUAGGGUAGUAUAUGUUGGAUCAACUGCAGAUAAGGAGUCUAGAUACUUUGGACUGGUAACUACAGCUGUCAGUGAGACAAGAUUCCAUGACAACAAUGACAAUGCCUGGAACUCAGUUGACAAAAAGAGUCUCAAUGAAAGUAUUGAAAUUUCAAAUAGUUGUCAUGUAUUUGUCAUAGAUCCAAAAAUAAUAGAUCAUACUGCUCACCAAUCUAGAGCAGAAAACUUUAAAAUUACUUGUACAAGAAAUACUGUCAAUGGAUACUGCAUGGAGUUUCCUGGAAGUGCACUAUAUGUUGUCAGUCUCAUUCAAAAUAUGUAUAAACUACAAAAUGGUGACAAGGCUGGUGAAAACUUUGGGCCUCUGGUAGCUAAUUCUCCUCAGCCAAGUGCAUCCAGCAAUUCAGAUUCAGGAAUAGCGUGUGAAGCUAAACCAGAAACCAACAGUAACAUUGACAAUAUCAAGCCUAAAGUUUGUGUAAAAGUAUCCGACAGUUCUGAUGACAAUACCCAGAGAAUCGAGGAAGGUUUUAGAGAAAGAGCAGUCGAUUGUCCGGAAAGCCCUCAAAAGUUAUCAGUAAAAGAGUUCGCUACAAAUUUAGACAGUAAAAGUGGCUCAUUCGACGACAUUUCCAUGCACAGCUCGAAAAGCAACGAACUCUCCAACCUACUGAGUAUUUUUAAAGUACCAUUCGAAACUAAAAAGCACAAAAAACACCUGAAAGUCAGCAGUUGCGACAAUCUCGACAAAUGCAACAGAAAUCUAAUACACCACAAACUGAGUCCGAAGGUCUACGGACUAAAACCGAACUACAGUUGCGAGGAACUCAACAAUUUGGAGAACAACUUUGACGUGGGAGACAAGCUGGGGUAUGGCAGUCUGCAAGAUUUGUCGUACCAUGAACACCGCAAGUUGCAGAAGAAUAUACUGAGCGAUCCGGAUGUUAGAAUCGAGCAGCAAGAAGAAGAGCCGGUAAGUCUGUAUUUAUGUAUGCUUUGUCUUGCUUAG